AUGCCUCAACACCUCCAUGAACAGCCCUCAAACUCCUCGCCCGAUACAUUAUUGCAUUUAACAAUUAAUAAGACCGAUACGACGAUAUUAAAUGCAACAUUGCACUCAUCAACAAGUAUUAAUCAAGACAAUGAUGAAAGAAUGUUAGGUGAAUUGUCUUCCGAAGUUGGCAUUCAUGAUGAAGAAAAAGAAUUCCCAACAAUACUGGAUGAUGACGGUGGUGAUGAGGAAUUAAUACCCAAUAAUGGAAAGAAUGAAAAUUCCCUAAAGGAGAAAUUAAAAGAUUUAUUUUUCAAUAUGAAAUCUCAAUUUAAACACAUGAUUGAUAUUGCAUUUCCAAUAAUAUUGAUGAAUGUAUCAAAUAAGAUGCUUGGAAUUGAAGAUUUAAUGUUUAUUGGACAUUUGGGAAAUUCACAAUAUAUGGCUGGUUCAGCAUUGGGAAAUGCAAUCUUUUUUAGUUUGAGUUUUAUUGCUGUUGGUAUUAUCAGUGGUCAGGAUACGUUUGUGGCACAAGCUUUUGGUGCAAAAAACAAACCAUUGGUUGGAGUUUGGAUGAUGAGAAGUUUCAUUACUUUAAUAUUAUUUUUAUUACCUGUUAUGGUAGUUUUGUUCUUUUUGGAAUCUAUAUUGAAUUUAGUGGGAAUGGAUGAAGUAACUUCACAUUUAUCAGGUCAAUUUGUUAGAUAUUUAUUACCUGGAUUAAUUCCAUUUGCAUUUUCGAGAUCAACUGCAAGAUUUUUGACAUCUGUCAAUAUUAGAUUACCAAAUACUUUAAUUCCAAUUGCUGCCGUAAUUGUGAAUUUUGGAUUGAAUUGGUUAUUUGUAUUUGGAAUUGGAUUUAAGGGAAUUGGAUUUUUAGGAGCAGCCAUUGCCACAACAUUAACCAGAUUAUUCAUAAUAUUCAGUUAUAUUUAUGUUCUUUUUCAUCAUAGAGAGAAUAUUAGAGAGAUUUUAAUUGGAGCUAUGAAAUGGGAUGAGGUAUUUAAAUGGGAAGGUGGAUUUAAGGUUUUCUUCAAACAGGCAAUUCCAGGAACGAUUGGUGUUUGUGCAGAAGUGUGGGCUUUUGAAUUUACAACCAUAGUGGCCUCGUUCAUAUCUGCUGUUCAAGUGGCGGCUCAUUCCAUUGUUUUUAAUAUUGCUUCUCUUUCAUUCAUGUUACCAUUGGCACUGAGUAAUGCAUCUUGUGUUAUGGUUGGCCAGAAAUUAGGAUCCAACGAUCCGUCAGGUGCCAAAUAUGCUGCUUAUUUAUGUAUUUUCUCAUCUGUAGUAUGUAUGAGUGUGAGUGGAACAAUUAUUGGAAUAUGUUCGAGAUGGAUUCCACUUUUAUACACAACAGAUGAAUCAGUGAGAAGUGUUGCUUCAUCCAUUCUUCCAAUAAUUUCCGUAUUUGCAAUUGUAGAUGGAAUUCAGAGAACUAGCACUGGUGUAUUGAGAGGAGCCUCCUCUCAAUUUCUUACAAUGAUCCUCAAUCUCAUUGCUUAUUAUUUAUUCAGUUUACCAGUUAGUAGUUUAUUGGCAUUUGUUGCCAAGCUGGAACUUUUGGGAUUAUGGUUAGGAUUGACGUCAUGUAUGGUUCUAAUGGCUGUCAUUGUUCUUAUAUAUAUCAUUUUUAGAAUUGAUUGGGUUAAGGAAGCUAGGAUUGCCCACGAGAGAGCUAACAAGAUAAUUGUUAAAACUGAGAAAUCUGAGCAGGAAACUAACUCAAACACUAGUAAUACUCAAGAGGAAGAAGAAACCAGAAUAGCAAAUCCAUGA